GCUCCAAAGCAUCAAGUGAAACAUAAUUUUUUAAAAAAAAUGGCUAAGGCAGUUUCCAUUUUCUCCGUGUUCUUAGUCGUCCUCCUCGUGGCGGCCCUUGAAGUGCCAAAGACAGGAGCAGAGGACAGAUCAUGCAAGAGUGUGUACAAGGGACCGGCUUCAACGAGGGACCUCUGUCCGUCGGUGACCAUCGUUCCGUCCAACUGUCACGAGCGUUGCAUCAGCGACGUUGGCGCCAAAAGCGGUACCUGCGAACGGACAAAUUCGCCGAUCCCUAGGGUUAGAUGCGUAUGCGACCACUGCAACAAUCCCUACGAAUGCACGAGAGAUUACCAGGGAAAAUGGAACCCCACUUAUAUCUGUUCUUCGUUUCCGCCCGACGCUUGCUCUGGCCUUUGCAUCAGAGACAACAACGCACAAUCCGGAAAGUGCAAUCUCAUUGGCCAUUACGAAAUUGUAUGCCAAUGCACCUUCAACUUCUGCAACCUCGGACAGAACCUCGGUCUUAAAAACAUAGUCGGAUCAAACGCUGUUUAGUUAAGCCGCUAAAACGCAGAAGUAAUAGCGAUACGCUGCGUUUGCGUGCAUGCAGUGUGUCCAUGAAUAAAUCUAUGUAUUCGCAGUCAACAAAAAGGCAUCUGCAGCC